AUGCGGAAUAUUGCAAAGAUGAAACCAUUCCUCUCUGAAGAUCAAAUGCAAAUCAUCGUACAAUCUCUUGUUAUUAGUUCCCUUGACUACUGCAAUGCACUUUACUAUGGUACUAAUCAUUCCGUUUUGAAACAGCUACAAUCUCUGCAAAACAGAGCAUGUCGCUUAGUUAAAGGUCUAAAGAGGAGAGAAGAAGUUGAGCCCUACAUAAAAGAACUUCAUUGGCUCAAGGUACAAGAACGUAUUGAAUUUAAAAUACUCCUGCUAACUUUCAAACUGCUCCAUGGACUAGCACCUUCAUACCUGUCAAACCUUGUCAAGUACAUGUACAAUCCCAGUGGUGGCAGAGAUGUGUCUCUUCAUUGCCCUAUAAACAGUCCACCAAGAGCCUUCUCUUCAUCUGCUCCAAGAUUAUGGAACAACCUUCCUCAAGAUAUCAGGAAAUGUGUAAACAUCAAUGACUUUAAGGGAAAACUAAAAGCUCUGAAUCUGUUUAGAAAGUCCUUUGAUAUGUACUGA